GUUAUUCUUUUGUUCUAGAUUUAAUAUUAAUUGUAAUAUAAAAGGUCGGGGUUCACUUAAACAACUAAGAUCUAUACCGACCAACCAACUAACAUAUUCGUCAAUAUAUUCUUAUAACUGGCCUGGUCUAAUUUACGUUAUCAAUAACAAUAUUUACUACCACACAUUACUUAUUUUGUUUGAAUAUUUCAAACCGAUUAUUAUUGACUACUCAAAACACGUUUUAUUAGAAUUCCUUGCCCUGCCCACAUAGUCACUUUUUCCUAGAGAUGUUACCUUUCAAUUUAUGUUCCAAAUCCCCUUUAAAUGUGUGUGUUCUCCUGAACACUACCAUUAAUUAUAUAAAAUAAAUAAUAAGAAUCAUGCAUCCUCUGGGCUACACCCUCUGCAUCUUCUUCCUAAUCACCCAAUUCAUCGGAACCACCUCCCAGCAAUUAUUAUUAGUACCUCCCCCUGUUUCCUGUCCCAACACCACAACUUAUACUCCUAACAGCACAUAUCAAGCCAAUCUUAAUUCUCUUCUCUCCAUCCUCUCUUCCAAUGGCACCCGCAAAAAUGGUUUCUACAGUUACCCCGCCGGCGGCCGCGAAAACUCCGAGGACACCUCGUACGGCAUGUUCAUGUGCCGGGGUGAUGUCUCCACCGACGACUGCGUGGCGUGUGUAAGAAAUGCUAGCAGAUACAUACUUAAGAUCUGCCCCAACGGAAAGGCUGCUGUUGUCUGGUACGAUUUCUGUAUGUUGCGUUUCUCCGACAGUCCUAUGUUCGGGAGAGCCGACCAGUGGCCUGCGAAGAUUGUAUAUUUAUUAGAGAAAGAUUCUCAGCCGGCUAGGUUCAUGGAGGCUGUCGGGAGCACGUUGAAUGAGGUGGCCACUCGAGCCGCCGUCGGUCAAUCCGGCAAGAAAUUUGCGACUCUAGAAGGUAACUACACUGCAUUUGAGAGAAUCUAUAGUCUUGGGCAGUGCACUCCUGAUAUUUCCAAUUUGGAUUGUGAGAGUUGCCUGAGAGCUGCAAUCGGACAACGGCGUUCAUCACUGGGUGCAACUAUUCUCUUCCCAAGCUGUAUUGUUAGGUAUGGAGUGACUCCCUUCUACACUAGCACAGCCGCCUCUGCGCCACCACCGGCCGCCGUUCCUACGCCGCCUCCUCCUCCUCCUCCCGCUACCGGUGAAGGAAACAACGGAAAUUCAUCUUCAAAAGUGAUUAUUGCCAUUGUAGUCCCUUUUGUUGGGAUUAUACUCUUCAUUGCAAUCUUCUCAUUUGUGAGAGUUAAAAAAGCCAAGAAACAAAAUACUACAACAGAGCAAACAGAUGUGUCUGGCAUUUCAACAGAGGAUUCCUUGCAGUACGAUCUUGCUACCAUUCAAGUUAUUACAGAUCAUUUUUCACCCAAGAGUAAAAUCGGUGAAGGUGGAUACGGUUCUGUAUACAAGGGAAAGCUUCCCACCGAACAAGAGGUAGCUGUAAAACAGCUUUCAAGAAAUUCAAAACAAGGAGUUCAAGAAUUCGAGAUGGAGGUCAAAGUAGUUGCGAAGUUACAACACAGAAAUUUAGUAAGGCUACUGGGAUUUUGCUCCGAAGGAGAAGAGAAGAUACUAAUCUAUGAAUUUGUGCCCAAUAAAAGCCUUGACUACUUUUUAUUUGACCCUAAAAAGCGGCACUUAUUGGAUUGGUCUAAACGUUACAAGAUAAUAGAAGGGAUAGCACGAGGGUUGUUAUAUCUUCACGUAGAUUCUCGGCUUAAAAUCAUACAUCGUGAUCUCAAAGCAAGUAAUAUAUUAUUAGAUGGAGAUAUGAAACCGAAAAUAGCUGAUUUUGGCAUGGCCAAAAUAUUUGGAGUUGAUCAAUCCCGAGGAAAGACAAACAGAGUUGUCGGAACAUAUGGCUACAUGCCUCCUGAGUAUGUAAUGCAUGGCCGCUUCUCUGUGAAGUCUGAUGUUUAUAGUUUCGGUGUUCUGCUUUUGGAGAUUGUAACGGGGAAAAGCAGAACCAAGUUCAGUGAUCCAAGUGGAGUACAUGAUCUUCUUAGCUAUGCUUGGAAACAUUGGAGGGAUGGCACACCUCUAAGAAUAGUGGAUCCAGUGUUUGGAGAAUGCUACUCAAGAAAUGAAGUCAUCCAAUGCAUCCAUAUUGGCUUGUUAUGUGUUCAAAAAGAUGUGGACAAAAGGCCUACAAUGACAAAUGUUGACCUCAUGCUCAAUAGUUAUUCUAUUACUAAAUCAGCCCCUCGUGAACCGGCAUUUUUCUAUGGUGGAAGAUCAGAGUCGAAAGGGGGAGAGUCUGAUAAUUCUACAAGCAAGUCAAUCCCAUUGUCUGUAAAUGAAAUGUCCAUUACUGAGCUAGAUCCAAGAUGAGGGAGAGAAGCAAAGAAUCCAGUCAUGGAGUGCAAGGAUGAUAUUUAUGCAAAUUGAAAAACAAAGUUUUGAUGUAUUAAAUUCCGGUCCAUAGGUUUGGCGUUGUCUGGGAAAAGAAGAUUUUUUUUUUUUUUUUUUUUUUGUUCUUCAUUCAUCUUCAACACAGUUUUGAACUUGUAAUUAUGACGUCCUGAAAAAGAACAAAUCAGACUUGAAGAAUGAAGAAGACAGAAAGACGAAAACAAUAAUUGAUGGAGAAAGAUACCCUAUGCUAAAUGCAUAAAAAUUAAGAAUUACAGUUGUAUUGAACUAUAAUUUAGUCAUCAUAUAUAUAGGGGAGGUCGGGUUCAACCCUCUAAAAAGUGUGGACACAAUGAACUCCGCUCUUAAAAAUUUUCAAUAAUUAUAAAUUUGAUCUCAUGUAUGUGAUCAUUCCUCACAACAUCGAGCCCGUGACCUUUCAUUUAGAAUGGUAACAAUGAUGUCAUCAGACCACAAAGUA